AACAGUUGAGCAUGGAAUAUUUAGUAGCCAGGAAAUGUCACGGAUGGACUUAUUGCACAGGGGCUUGAUUGUAUACACCUGUGUCCAUGGAGGGGAUUGGAACACCUGAAUCACAUGAUUAGGAGGGGAUUGGAAGACCUGAAUCACAUGAUUGGAGGGGAUUGGAAGACCUGAAUCACAUGAUUGGUAGGGGAUUGAAACACCUGAAUCACAUGAUAUGGAGGGGAUUGGAACACCUGAAUCACAUGAUAUGGAGGGGAUUGGAACACCUGAAUCACAUGAUUGGGAGGGAUUGGAACACCUGAAUCACAUGAUUGGGAGGGAAUUGGAAUACCUGAAUCACAUGACUGGGAGGGGAUUGGAACACCUGAAUCACAUGAUAUGGAGGGGAUUGGAACACCUGAAUCACAUGACUGGGAGGGGAUUGGAACACCUGAAUCACAUGAUUGGAAGGGGAUUGGAACACCUGAAUCACAUAACUGGGAGGGGA